UGAGUGGCUUCGAAAGUCGGACGUGGCGAAAGUUCUGUCGAAUUGAUUUGAUAACAGAAUAGAACAACCAGCAACAGGCAACCAGCAACAAAAAUCGGCAAUCGAGCGGCGUCGAAAUCAUCACCCCCCUUACCCAGAAAAAAGCAUUGCCACGCCCCAAGGAGCGCUUUAAGAGGCGCACCGGCCCCACCAUUCCCAUGCCAGCCCGCAAGGGGCUGCUAGCGCCCCAGAACACAUUCCUGGACACAAUCGCCACGCGGUUCGAUGGCACCCACUCGAACUUUGUGCUCGGCAAUGCGCAGGCAAAUGGCAAUCCAAUUGUUUAUUGCUCGGAUGGGUUCGUGGAUUUGACAGGAUAUUCACGCGCGCAAAUUAUGCAAAAGGGCUGCUCAUGUCAUUUCCUCUACGGACCGGAUACGAAGGAGGAGCACAAGCAGCAAAUCGAGAAAAGUCUCUCCAAUAAGAUGGAACUGAAGCUGGAGGUUAUUUUCUACAAGAAGGAAGGUGCUCCGUUUUGGUGCUUGUUCGACAUUGUGCCCAUCAAGAACGAAAAGCGGGAUGUGGUGCUCUUUUUGGCCUCCCACAAGGACAUCACACACACCAAAAUGCUGGAGAUGAAUGUGAACGAGGAAUGUGAUAGCGUUUUUGCCCUUACAGCUGCCCUUUUGGGGGCGCGGUUCCGGGCCGGCUCGAAUGCCGGCAUGCUGGGCCUGGGCGGACUGCCUGGCCUGGGCGGACCGCCAUCCAGCGGCGAGGGGGACGCGGAGGCGGGCGAGGGCAACAACCUGGACGUGCCCGCCGGCUGCAACAUGGGCCGCCGGCGCAGUCGCGCGGUCCUCUACCAACUUUCUGGUCACUACAAGCCGGAAAAGGGCGGUGUCAAGACCAAGUUGAAACUGGGCAAUAAUUUUAUGCAUUCGACGGAGGCGCCGUUUCCGGAGUACAAAACCCAGUCGAUAAAAAAGUCACGCUUGAUUCUGCCCCAUUACGGGGUGUUCAAGGGCAUCUGGGACUGGGUGAUUCUGGUGGCCACCUUCUACGUGGCCCUAAUGGUGCCAUACAAUGCCGCGUUUGCCAAAGCCGAUCGCCAGCCAAUGGUGUCGGAUGUGAUUGUGGAAGCCCUCUUUAUUGUGGAUAUUCUGCUAAACUUCCGCACCACCUUCGUGUCCCGCAAAGGAGAGGUUGUCUCCAAUUCGAAGCAGAUUGCCAUCAAUUACUUCCGAGGAUGGUUCGCCCUGGACCUUCUGGCCGCGCUGCCCUUUGAUCACCUGUACGCCUCCGAUUUGUACGACGGUGAGGAAUCGCACAUCCAUCUUGUGAAAUUGACGCGUCUGCUGCGGCUCGCUCGCCUGUUGCAAAAAAUUGAUCGAUACUCGCAGCACACGGCCAUGAUACUGACAUUGCUGAUGUUCUCCUUCACGCUGGCCGCCCAUUGGCUGGCCUGCAUCUGGUAUGUGAUAGCGGUCAAGGAGUACGAGUGGUUCCCCGAGAGCAACAUCGUAUUCUUCACAGGUUGGCUGCAGCUUUUGGCGGAAAGGAAAAACGCUUCGGUGGCCAUUUUGACCACCGCUGAAACAUAUUCCACAGCCCUGUACUUCACCUUCACCAGUCUCACUUCCGUGGGAUUUGGCAACGUUUCGGCGAACACCACGGCCGAAAAGGUCUUCACCAUCAUCAUGAUGCUCAUUGGCGCUCUGAUGCACGCCGUGGUCUUCGGUAACGUGACUGCCAUCAUCCAAAGGAUGUACUCGCGACGCUCGCUGUACGAGAGCAAAUGGCGCGAUUUAAAGGACUUUGUGGCCCUGCACAAUAUGCCCAAGGAGCUGAAGCAGCGCAUCGAGGACUACUUCCAGACCUCUUGGUCACUCAGCCAUGGCAUUGACAUAUACGAGACGCUUCGCGAAUUUCCCGAGGAGCUGCGUGGCGACGUCUCCAUGCACCUACAUCGUGAAAUAUUACAGCUGCCGAUAUUCGAGGCGGCCUCCCAGGGCUGCCUGAAACUUUUGUCCCUGCACAUAAAGACGAACUUCUGUGCGCCCGGGGAGUAUCUGAUCCACAAAGGCGACGCCCUCAACUAUAUCUACUAUCUGUGCAACGGAUCCAUGGAGGUGAUCAAGGACGACAUGGUGGUGGCCAUUUUGGGUAAGGGCGACCUCGUCGGCUCCGACAUCAACGUGCAUCUGGUGGCUACCAGCAAUGGCCAGAUGACCGCCACCACCAACAGUGCUGGUCAGGAUGUUGUCGUCCGCAGCAGCAGCGACAUUAAGGCGCUCACCUACUGCGAUCUGAAGUGCAUCCACAUGGGCGGUCUGGUGGAGGUGCUGCGUCUGUAUCCGGAGUACCAGCAGCAAUUUGCCAACGAUAUUCAGCACGAUCUCACCUGCAAUUUGAGGGAGGGGUACGAGAACCAGGACUCCGAUAUUGGACCAUCGUUCCCGUUGCCAAGCAUCAGUGAGGAUGAUGAGAAUCGCGAGGAGUCCGAGGAAAAUGGCAAGGCGGAGAAGGAAAAUGGUGGAGGACCACCAAGUGGCGCUUCUCCGCUGCACAAUUUGAGUAAUUCCCCCCUGCAUGCGGCACGUUCUCCACUCUUGGGCAUGGGAAGUCCCAGGAAUCAGAGGUUGCACCAGCGUGGCCGAUCCCUGAUCACUUUGAGGGAAACAAAUAAGAGGAAUAGGACGUUAAAUGCGGCCUGCAGCCUAGAUCGUGGAUCCUUCGAGGAGGCGGAACCCCUGGAAGAAGAGCAGCAGUCCACUGGCAAGAGGCCCUCGCUGGAGCGAUUGGACUCCCAGGUGUCCACCUUGCACCAGGAUGUGGCCCAACUCAGUGCCGAGGUGCGCAAUGCCAUCAGUGCUCUGCAGGAGAUGACCUUCACCUCCAAUGCCAUGACUUCGCACAGCUCACUGAAGUUUCCACCUGCCAGAUCCAUACCCAAUAUCAGUGGAGUGGCGGCCACAAGAUCUGGAGAUGCAGUGGACCAUGGCCUGGUGGGUGGAGUUUUGGGAGCCGCCGAAAUGGCUGCCAUGCAGCGCUGUUCCUCACAUCCCCCAGAAGUUUGGGGCAGGGAUGUUCAGCUGCCCACCAGUAACAAGGCACCUUCUCCCGUGGAGCCGCUCAAAAAGACGACAACCAGUAGAAGCUCACAAACAGACUUCUAUCGCAUUGACUUUCCCACCUUCGAGCGCUUUGUCUUGGCCAAUCCCCGCCUGGUUCUGGGUCUCCUGGGCAUAGAACCCGCCAUUAAAAACGAAAUGGAUCUGCUGCAGCAGAAGCAAACCCUGCAAAUAUCACCUUUGAAUACCAUUGAUGAGUGUGUUUCCCCUGGGGAGGCCAACUUGGCCAGUUCUAAAGAGAGAUUGAUUACUUCGCCGGCAGUUUAUCCGCCUUUGGAUGAUGAGAACUCCAAUGACUUUCGCUGGACCAUGAAGCACUCGGCCAGCCAUCACAGUUGUUGCAAGAGCACGGAUGCCCUGCUGAGUCCAGAGGAGCAGCCUCAGGUACCUUUGGAGGUUAUUCCUGCCCCACCGCCUGUCCAGGAAACGAGAUCAUCGAAGAGAAGCUUGAGGAAGAGCACGAGUGGUGGCAGUAACUCCAGCCUGUCCAGCAGCAGUUCCAGCUCGAACAGUUGCCUGGUGUCGCAGAGCACUGGCAACCUGACCACCACCAAUGCCUCGGUGCACUGCAGCCAGAGCACGCAGAGUGUGGCCAGAAGGGCUUCCUGGAAGCUGCAGCACUCGAGGAGCGGGGAGUAUCGCAGACUAUCCGAGGCCACCGCCGAGUACUCACCUCCAGCCAAAACGCCACUUCCUGUCGCUGGAGUAAACUACGGGGGGGAUGAGGAGGAAAGUGUGGAGCUGCUAGGACCACGAAGGAACUCCAGACCCAUCCUCUUAGGAGUAAACCAAAACCAGGGUCAAGGACAGGCCAUGAACUUUCGCUUUUCGGCGGGGGAUGCCGACAAACUGGAGAAGGGUCUGCGUGGACUGCCCUCCACUCGCUCACUUCGAGAUCCGAAUAGUAAAUAGGUGAACAAAGGAAGUGCAGUGCAUGAUUUAUGUCCCAAUUAAUACUGAAACACAAAGACGCUUGUACAUUUAAUGUCUCUAGGAUACACACACGAGUUGGGUUUUGUUUCCCCUCUCGAUUUAUCAUAAACACCCACACAUAUUGGCAAAGCAUAUCAGAGGAGCCCAAUAAAUUAUUUUUAAUAAUGAGAUGUAUAUUUUCCUAACAAAUCAGCGAAAAAUAUACCCACUCAGAAGAAUACAUGAAAACAUAUGUCAGCGGAAGUACAAAGCUUAGAGACCUCCGAUUAAAAGUAUAUCUUGCCUAGCAACAGAGCAUCAGAAUAUCAUUGACACUUAAAAAAAUGGUGAAACGCUAGUUAAGUUGAAUCAGCCUGAAAUAUAAAGUUGUGGCAUAAGAAAUGGUCUUAAGCUCUGUAAAAACAGAGCCCUUUUUAGAUAUUUAUAGGUGAAUAUCUUGAGGCUAUUGUCGCAGAACAAAGAACUUGAACUUAAGUUAAGGUCUGGAGUUUAAGCAUAGGGGAUUCAACAGAUUUGUAGACAUUUAAGCUGUACAUUCAUUCUAGUGAGAAAACCUAGAUUAUUACCUAAGAUAAUCGACAAUCGUGUGCUACUUACAUGUGUCGAAUGGACGGAGUUCCACUUCAAAAGUGAGCUCUUGGGCAUUUGGCUAAAAAGUAAUUUGUGAUUCCAAGCGAUUUUCCGUCUUGAUUCCGUGUUGGUUAGUUGGCUAGUUAAAUAAUCAACUGUAAGCUGUAAACUGUGUAAAUUUCCAACAUCCCGCAUAUAUCCUCAGUGUAUAUAGUAUUAUAUAUGUAUAUGGUAUGUGUAUAUCUGCUCCCCAAAAACUAUAAAGACUUGAGCUUCAUUCUAUCUUUGAUGUAAGCAUCCUAUGAUAAUAAGUGUAUAAGUUUUAUAUGUGUUUAGAUGGAUACAUUUUUAGCCAUAAUGUAAGCGAAAUUAUUCAAUUGAGAACCUAAUAAACGUUUUUAAAUGUUUUAACUUAAUGUUAUCGAGACUAUAUACUUGAAUGUAUUUCAUGUGUAGUUAUACAUCUAAAGCAUUAAAGGAUAUUCGAUAUUUCAAUAAACAAUAAA